GAGAGAGAGAGAGAGAGAGAGAGGGACGCUGCUGCCAAGACAGAAGCAGCAGCAGCAGCAGCAGCCUGCGCAGUUAAUAAAACGGCACAGUCUCCUCUUCUGCGCGGCAUGAGGGGUUUCACCUAGACUGCGCACUGACUCUGCAGGGUUCACCGCUGCGGCUGCGUAGUUUGUUAGGCACCAACAAAACAAACAAACACAAGCAAGCUCGUUCCGGACCUGUGCAGGAAUUUGACAGCGGAAUUCAGUCUAACCGGUGGCUGACCACAGCUCUUACUGUCCCUCCCCUCCGGACAGCCCCGCUCUGUGGCCUUGUAGCAGGACAUGGGAAAUGUAAACAGAAGUCGGGCUGGAUUUUAAACUACGCACACUUCCCACGUCCUCAUCCUCCUCCCGCCUCCUCCUCCUCCUCCCGGGCUGUCCGAGAUGGAGAUGGAGAUGGAGAGGGAGAGGGUCGAGCCGGAGCAGGAGGGAGAGGCAGACCCGCCCAUGCACAGCGUCCACGGAACCAACCGGAUCAGACCGUCCUCAUACCGGGCCCUGCGCAGCGCCGUGUCCAGCCUGGCUCGCCUAGAUGACUUCAGCUGUGAGAAGAUCGGCGCAGGGUUCUUUUCAGAGGUGUUCAAGGUGCAGCAUCGUGUGUCGGGCCAGGUCAUGGCUCUGAAGAUGAACAUCCUGGCCAGUAACAGAGCCAACAUGCUCAGGGAGGUCCAGCUCAUGAACCGACUAUCGCACCCUAACAUACUCAGGUUUAUAGGAGUGUGUGUCCAUGAGGGGCAGCUCCACGCUCUCACAGAGUUCAUCAACGGUGGUAACUUGGAGCAGUUGUUGGGCAGCGACAUGUACUUGUCGUGGAGCCUGCGUCUCAGCCUGGCUCUAAACAUCGCCCAAGGGCUGAAGUACCUGCACAGCAAGGGCAUCUUCCACAGGGACCUCACCUCCAAGAACUGCCUGGUGCGCUGGGAAGGCCGCGUGUGCUCGGCCGUGGUGGGAGACUUUGGCUUGGCGGAGAAGAUCCCAGAUUACAGUGAGGAAGAAGACCAGGAGCCUCUGGCUGUUGUCGGCUCCCCCUACUGGAUGGCUCCGGAGGUGCUCAGAGGGGAGGUGUAUAAUGAGAAGGUGGAUGUGUUUGCGUAUGGGAUCAUCCUGUGUGAGAUUAUUGCGAGGAUACAGGCCGACCCUGACAUCCUGCCACGCACUGAGGAUUUUGGUCUGGAUGUGGAGGCCUUUCAGCAGAUGGUUGAAGACUGUCCUCCUGACUUCCUGAAACUGGCGAUCACCUGCUGUAAUAUGAAUGCAAAGCUCCGUCCAUCCUUUUCCCAAAUUGUGUUGGAGCUGGAGAGGAGGCAGGCGGAGAGGAAACAGAAGGACGAACCAGCAGUGAAAGCUGUUUCUCCAUCGGUUGGCCCUCUGCGACGGAGAUCUCUCUGCCUCCCAUCAGAUCCCCGUCUCUCCCGCAGCAAAUCUGACAUGCUCCACCCCCAGGACUUGUCCCCCAUUCCUUUGGCACCUCCUGCUCGGGUUAACCCUUUCUCUCUGAGGGAGGACCUCAAAGGUGGCAAGAUCAAGCUGUUUGACACUCCCAGCAAGUCAGUCAUCUCCCUGACCUUCACCCUGCCCCCUCCGCCAGACUCCUGUGAUGAGUCCUCUGGGUCUGAGGCUGACGGUAGCGUCCUGCUAAGGAGGCACAGACGCUGCCACUCACUGCCCUGUACGCCUCCUCCUCACCUCACAUCAGCACCAAACACUGUCCUCACUGAGGAGGAGUCCCAGUCUGAGAUAGACACUGUAGACUGUGAACUAAAUGUAAUGAGUGAGGAAGAGAGACUGCUAGGAGAAGAGAAGCAGACUGGGGAGGAGAGUGAGACUAACCUGGCAGGUGAUUCAGGUCUUCCGCUGUCUCUUGAACCGCUGUCGUUGGACCAAGAGAAAGAAGGGGAGGAGGAGCCCAUGGACUGCACCAGCUCCCCGGACUCACAAGACAGCACAUCAUCUCCUUACUCCAAACUCUCCUCUCCUCCAUCCCACUCCUCGACUCCCCUCCAGCCCUCCACUCCUCCCUUCUCAAACGGCUGGGGGUCAGCCAUCUCCAACGGGCCCCCGUGCCUGCCUCCUCUUUCUAAUUUGGACAACAACAACGUGGUCGUGAACCGACCGCAGGGUUGGAGCGACAGCACCACCAACACUGGCGCCACAACCAACAACAACGGCUUUCACUCCCCUGCCAGCGACCCCGCCGGUUCCUCCCCGUUUGGCUCGGGCAGCGGUCACUCUCUGGACCAGGAGGAGGUGAUCUCCUGUCCCGGCUGCUGCCUGUCUGGCCUUCGCUUCCCCUCAGUGUGUCUCAGAGCUCCACCACGCAGAAACCCCUACAAGAACCUGAACGGGGAUCACGCAGCCUCUCAUGGGCUGCUUUGCCCAGGACCCAAGGGGCUGCCACCCUCCCCAACACCUACUACCACCACCACCAGCUUGGAGCCGGGACUCGCCUUGCCAGGGGCAAAGACAUAAUAAACCCGGCUUUCUCAACACCAAAUACACACAGAAAAGACACUGGGUUUAAAGCUCUGCACCAAAACCUCUUCCCUGGAAAUUAAGUUCUUAAAAUUUGCACAGAUUUGAACGCAGCAAUACCCUGCUUAUUUUUCCAGACAUGCUUUUUGGUGCAGAAGAGGGUCUGAUUGAGAGUCCAGUUUACCUAGAAUACACUCCUUGACUGAUGAAAGCUUUGGGGACUGACUCUGUUUUUAAGAAGCUGGUAUAUUUUGCUGGAGACUUGUUGUGUGUUGUGUCGCCCUCUGCUGGGCCGAGGGCGACACAGCUUCAGAUGUCAGACGUGCCUGCGUAGAUCUGACUGACGAUUGGCCGCUCUCCAGAACUGUUCAGCAUGUAAACACAUACACACACACAGUUUGGGGCCGGGUCGGUUAGAUCCUGUAUAUCCGCAGAUGUAAAAUUUCAUUUGAGUCAUGAUGAUGGUGAUGCUGAAAUGAGGAAUGUUAAGCUUAGUAUUAUAACUGUUGCAAUUAUUAUUUUUGAUGUUUGGUGCUGUUUUGAAUGAACAGGCAGAUUUGCUUUAAUGUCUUUAAUUAUCAAGAGGUGUAUGAUGCACUCUUUGUGUGUGUGUGUGUGAGUGUGACAUGAAAAUGUGUGAGCAUGUUUAUAAAGAGCUGGAGGAUUCAGUGUGAGAGGUGUGUGUUGUGAGAGAGAGAGUGAGUAAGGGAAGAUAAGAGUGUGUGAUGUACACCGUUAUUUUGACUAUUUUUGUUGCUGUAUGAUCUAUCGGCCCUUUCUGGUUGCCUGGUUAAGCACUUCAUCUGUAUUACUGUUGUUAAUAAGGAAACUAUUGAUAUCAUUAUUUCUUUUGGGAAUGAAUGGUCAAAGACCUGCUUAAGAGAUGUACAGAUUCUUAUUAUUUAAAGAUGGCAUUGAAUAAAAAGAGAGAACGCA